AUGGCGGCGUGGCGUGGCGCGGUGGAGCUGCCUCUCACCCUCGCGGCGCUCCGGUCCCGCUCAGCACGGCCGCCUCGACGGAGGCCGCUGCCGGAGGGGAAGGCCCGGGCUCUGCCAGCCGCGGCUCCACCGGCCGCGGGAGCGAGGGCAGCUGCGGGAGCGAGCUCCGCCAGGCGCGGCUCCGCGGGCCGUGGGAGCGAGCUCCGCGUGGGGCCAGAGCCACCGAUGCCUCCACGUUGUCGAGGAAGCAAGGGCCGGGCGCCGUGGCCGCUGGCAGCUUGGGGCCAUGGCUUGCGCCUCCGUCGGCUGCUUCGUCGCCUCGUCCCUCAACAGCUAGUCGUGCCUCCCCAGCGCUUGCGCAUCCGUCGUUUCUUCGUCGCCUCCUGCCCCUCAGCAGCAAGCCGUCGAGCCUCCCAGCACUGUAGAGAUGGAUUGCAAUUUGCAAGUGUAAAUUUCUAG